GACGAGCUGGAGACCAUCCAGGAGCACGGCGGAGCCGGAUCAGAGUGUGGUUCGGAGUGUGCCGAGCAGGACCCAGAGUAAAUUUACUCUUUCUCUUGAAAACAAACGUCGCUGAAAAUAUCCGAGUGAACGCUCAAUAUGGCAUCCGCAAGCUCCUCGCAGUCCACAUUCAGGUUGGGUCGCAGUAAGAAGAACCCGACUGUCAUGGAUCAGAUCGGAAAGUUUUUUGGAGGGGACAAGAAGAAAAAGGGAAAGGGAUCUUUCCGGGGUGCUUUGUCCUCCUCACCUCAGAGAUCAAGCUCAUCACCUCGCCGCCGUGCUGAUGAGAAUGCUGUGGUACACUUUUUCAGAAACAUUGCUUCUCCUUCCACCCCCAAAUCUAGGGGAGAUCAGAAGUCACAAAGUUCUGCUAAAGGUCAUAAAGGGCGUGGAGACAGUCAAGGUACAUUAACCAGGAUCUUCAAAAGGGGAGGAAGCCAGUCUACCUCAUCCAAGCGUUGAAAUCACAGUUUUUUUUUGUGAAAACCCAUUUAAGGAUGAGAUAAACUCUUCUGUCUUUUCUUUUUAAAUUGUCUAAUAUAGUAACUGACUUGAUCAGGCUUUGCAUUGAUACGUGACAAUAUAGUCUGUCUCUGUUUGUUGUCGUUAAUUUAAACUAAUAUGGUUGUGGGUAACACUUUACAACCAGGCUGUAUUUGUUAACAUUAGUAAAUGCAUGAACUAACAAUGAGCAAUAUAGUUUAUGUAGCAUUCCAAUAGAAUUGUUCAUGAAAGUUCAUUUUGCAUGAACUAAUGUUUUGGUUUUUAAUAAUGUGUUGGUAAAUGUUGACAUUAACAUGAACAAAGAUAUAAAUUGUGUAGACACAUUGUCCAUUGUUAGUUCAUGGUAGCUAAUUCAUUAACUUAUGUUUAACAAAUACAACCUUAUUGUAAAGUGUUACCUGGUUUUGUUUAACUUUUGUCACUGUCAGAAUAAAACUAGUAUGUGUGUGUGUGUGUUGGCCAAAGACUGAACUCCAGUCAGCUCUUCUAGGACUGGUUAGGUCAGCACUAGUAUUGGUCUAACAGACGUCUUGUCUCUGUACAGAGUGUAGGUGGAUUUUUUUGCUGAUGAAUGUAGUAACAGACAAACCUGUGAACAACACUACAGUAUUCUUGUACAAUGAUUUGCAAUGUGUUUAAUAGUUUAUGUGGGUAUGUUCAAGGAUUCAUUCCAUUCAAUUCAAAUGUAUUAUUAGUUAGCAAUGUUGCAAAAGCACAAACAGAAAUAUAUGCUUGUCAUUUCAUCAGGAAACAUAUGCCAUAUAAACUAAAGAAAAAGUGUUGUCUACAAACUAAUGUGAUAUGUUGAUGUUACAAGUCUGCUUAUUUUAAGGCAAAAAAUAAAAGUGCAAAAACAA